CGUCCAAAGGGUGUGAUGAUCACACACAAAAUGAUUGUCUCAGUCAUCGGGGGCUUUGAUAUGGACCUCCAAGAGGUGAAUAUUGUCCCUGGAGACGUCUACUUAUCCUUCCUUCCUCUGGCACAUGUCUUCGAACAAAUUGUCAUGCAUUAUUCCCUCAGCCGUGGUGUGGCCUACGGGUUUUAUUCGGGGGACCUCAAGAAUCUCUCAAAUGACAUCCUCGCAUGUCGUCCCACUCUCUUCUGUGUCGUACCACGUGUCCUCCAGCGAUUGUACGGUACUGUACAAUCAGCGGUUUCUGGCUCCAAAUUAAAGUCCUGGCUCCUAAAGACUGCUGUUGAGGCAAAGAUGCGUUACGUCCGAGAAGGCAUUGUCACGCGCGGCAGCCUUUGGGACAAGUAUGUGUUAAAACCAAUCCAAGACCGAAUGGGUGGUCGUCUGCGCUUUUUCGCUGUUGGAAGUGCCCCAAUGUCUGAGGAAGUCUACCAGUUCUGCCGGGCUGCCCUUGGAGUCCACCCGCUUCAGACCCAUGUUGACAAGGGUUCUGUUGGAACACCCACUUAA